CGCUUCGUUCCUGGCCACAAGUUUGCCUCGCGUCAGCCAAGUUGGCGAGUUCGAAGCUUCUCCAGGCUUUGGGAGGAGGGUCCCUGCUUCUCGCUCCAGCCGUUCGGGGUAUGGCCGGGCUGGGGGCGUCGCUCCACGUCUGGGGGUGGCUGAUGCUCGGCAACUGUCUCCUCGCCAGAGCCCAGCUGGAUUCUGAUGGCACCAUUACUAUAGAGGAGCAGAUUGUCCUUGUGCUAAAAGCUAAAUUACAAUGUGAACUCAACAUCACAGCUCAACUCCAGGAGGGAGAAGGUAACUGUUUCCCAGAAUGGGAUGGGCUCAUUUGUUGGCCCAGAGGAACAGUGGGGAAAAUAUCAGCUGUCCCAUGCCCUUCUUAUAUUUAUGACUUCAAUCAUAAAGGAGUUGCUCUCCGACAUUGUAACCCCAACGGAACAUGGGAUUAUAUGCACAGCUUAAAUAAAACGUGGGCCAAUUAUUCGGACUGCCUUCACUUUCUGCAGCCAGAUAUCAGCAUUGGAAAGCAAGACUUCUUUGAACGCCUCUUUGUAAUGUACACUGUUGGCUACUCCGUCUCCUUUGCUUCCUUGGCUGUGGCUAUUCUCAUCAUUGGUUACUUCAGACGAUUGCAUUGCACUAGGAACUAUAUCCACAUGCACUUAUUCGUAUCUUUCAUGCUGAGAGCUACAAGUAUCUUUGUCAAAGACAGAGUGGUCCAUGCUCACAUAGGGGUAAAGGAGCUGCAGUCCCUGAUGAUGCAGGGUGAUCUACCAAGUUCCAUUGAAGCACCUGCUGUAGACAAAUCACAAUAUAUCGGAUGCAAGAUUGCUGUUGUGAUGUUUAUUUACUUCUUGGCUACAAACUACUAUUGGAUCCUGGUGGAAGGUCUCUACCUACAUAGUCUAAUCUUUGUGGCUUUUUUUUCGGACGCCAAAUACCUGUGGGGCUUCGUCUUGAUAGGCUGGGGGUUUCCAGCAGCAUUUGUCGCUGCCUGGGCUGUGGCACGAGCAACCCUGGCUGAUGGAAGGUGCUGGGAACUUAGUGCAGGAAACAUCAAGUGGAUUUAUCAAGCACCAAUCUUAGCAGCUAUCGGGCUAAAUUUUAUUCUGUUUCUGAAUACGGUUAGAGUGCUGGCUACCAAAAUUUGGGAGACCAAUGCCGUUGGUCAGGACACCAGGAAGCAGUACAGGCAACUGGCCAAGUCGACGCUGGUCCUGGUCCUGGUCUUUGGGGUGCAUUACAUCGUGUUCGUGUGCCUGCCCCACUCUUUCACUGGUCUCGGGUGGGAGAUCCGCAUGCACUGUGAGCUCUUCUUCAACUCCUUUCAGGGUUUCUUUGUGUCUAUCAUUUACUGCUACUGCAAUGGAGAGGUUCAGGCGGAGGUGAAGAAGCUGUGGAGCCGCUGGAAUCUCUCAGUCGACUGGAAGAGGACGCCGCGGUGCGGCGGCCCCCGAUGCGGCUCGCUGCUCACCACCGUGACGCACAGCACCAGCAGCCAGUCGCAGGCGGCGGCCAGCGCGCGCAUGGUGCUGGUCUCCGGCAAGGCGGCCCGCGGCGGUAGGGGGCAGCCCGACAGCCACAUCACCCUUCCCGGCUACGUCUGGAGCAACUCGGAGCAGGACUGCCCGCCACCCUCCGUCCACGAGGAGACCGAGGAAGGACGUGGGAGGCAGAGCGACGACAUUCCAAUGGAGGAGUCUUCCAGGCCUAUGGCACUGAACGCAGACCCCGAAGGAUGCAGAGGAGAAACUGAGGGUGUUCUCUGAAGCAAAUUUGUGGAUCGAACCGGCUGGUCCUUGUGGUUGUGUGAAGGGAGCUUGGCUGGCAAUCCUAAACCGCUUGAGCCCUGAAGGCUGAAAAUUCAGGGUUAAGGUGUUACUUAAACGCUCGAUGAGUUGGCUCUUAUAAAUACUAAAGACACAAAAAGGGAAGUGCCAAUGGAGUUGUUUGUUAUUAUACCUUAUGUUGGCAUCAGAUUCUCUUCUAAAUUCACGUAUGGUACUUGCUCAGUGACGGUUCAUUUUUUUCCUUGCUGCUUUUGGGUAGAAAAAGUUUCAGGUGCCUGGUUGCAAAUUUCUCUCAUAAAUACCACCCUACAUAGGAUAACGAUCAGUUAGUGUGUAUCAUUUUCCUUUUAAGAAAUGAGCAGCCUCUUCUUGUCUUUAUCACUUUAAUGUACUUUAUAUUGCUAUGUUCAUUUAGCCUGUGUAUAGGAGCAAUUAGGAUCUGAAAAAUAUUUGUUGGAAGAUAAAAAGAUCUAAGAACAAAUAACUGGAAAAUUAGCUGGCUGGACAUUGAUAAAAUAAUGCAUUUAUGACAAUUGAACUUGUUUCUGGGUCCAACGAAAAUCUCUCAAGAACAUUUCACAUACCCCUCCUUUUGAAUGUCUCCUUUGUGACCAGAAAGAGUUCAGGUCUUCACCCUUUCUUUGUAAACCAGGACAAUGUAGAAAGCGUGUGUCUGCAAACUGGUUUUAUUGAUAAUAAUUUAUAUUGAUAGUAAAUCACACCACAUCUAUUUUUUUCAUAUUUUAUCUGUUAACUGUAUUGCACGUGACAUAUGGGAUAAAUUAAAAGUUUGUUU